AUGACAAAAGAGCGACCGGAACCUUUUGAAAAUUCGAAAGGUGACGUCAAAGAUGCAGAAGACAUAAAGCGUUGCAAGAAAAGUUAUUUCCCGAGUAAAGUUAACGAAUCUCCGUCGCCAACCCAACAAAAACAUCAUACUCCUGAUUCUGAAAAUUCCUGCGGCGGAGAUAAUUACCAAAGUAAAACGCGAAACCACCAACAUAACGAAAAUGGUAAACGACGACAUGGCACCAACCAACAGGAGAAACAUCAACGGACGGAGAAUGAUAGAAAUGAUGUACCACUCAUGAAAUAUGAUCAGAAAAU